AUGGAAGACGCCUCACCAUACACCGCGAAUUUCACCACCACCAAAGCCAUCUUCGGCAACAACGACAGCAAAGAACUACAUCCCCUUUCCUUCGUCAAACACCUCGCAAUAGACAGUUCCCUCAUCGAUUCACCAGUCGAACUUCGUCUUCUUUGGGGCGACUGGGAUCAAAACUCCAAACCCCAAGAUCUCAAACUGAAAUGCCUUGAGACCUUUAAAAUCGUCUACGCACCAAUCGGCCCGCGUCCUUCUCUGCGCAAAAUUCGUGGUCAUCCUCGUAUUAGCUAUGAUGAUCCUGAGCUCGAAGGUUUUACUAUCCUUAGCAAAGAAGAUCGUUGGGAAAGACGUCGUCGCCAUCAUCCUAUUAACAACGGUGAAUGGAUGACCGAAUCACCUUUUUCUCCUCGCUAUUUCUCGUAUCGACAAGGUGGAUUCGUAACACAGGAUCCAGUGUUUUAUCCCAGUGUUCAUGUUUGUGGGAAUGCUGGUCAGAGACAGAAUCAAGGGAAUGGAAAUGGAAGUGGAACUGGAGUAGGAGAUGUAGAAAAAGAUUUCUACUGUCCUGGUUGUCAUGUACCAAUGAGUUUGGGUGCAUACAGAGCUUAUAUCAGUAUGAUGGAGCGCGAUGUGAGAGGUUGGAAAGGACCUGUAUUCGAGGGCGUCAAGUAUGAGAGGGUGGAGGAGAGAGAUACAGAGUAUCAUUUGUGGGGCUAG